AUGCUGGCACAGAAGUUCGCACAUACAACGUUGAGAAGUUCGGUGGCGCUUCGAGGUGACGGCUGGUUCUUAAGCGGCAAGUUAACCCUUCGUACGAAAAGUUUUGGCCCUGCACGCUCACGCACUUUGCACUCAAACUGCCGAGCAUCCCUAAAAACUGGUAUAGUUGGACUUCCCAACGUCGGCAAGAGUACACUUUUCAACGCAUUGGUCGAGAACAGUCGAGCGCAGGCAGCUAACUUCCCCUUUUGUACAAUCGAGCCUAACUUUGGGACUGUGCCGGUGUUGGACGGCCGCCUAGAUGUUUUGGCCCGGAUAUCAGGAACGAAAAAUAUUGUGCCAACUGCGGUCGAGAUCGUCGACAUCGCCGGACUCGUGGAAGGAGCGUCAGAAGGCCAAGGUUUGGGUAACAAAUUCCUUGCAAACAUUCGCGAGUGCGACGCCAUCAUUCACGUCGUGCGUUGUUUUGAUGAUGAUAACAUUGUUCACGUGAACGGAAGUGUUGAUCCGAAGAGAGAUGCAGCAAUCAUAAAUUCAGAGCUUGCAUUGUCUGAUAUGAGCCAGAUUCAAAAACGCAUAGAUAAAGUGCGUAAAAGUAAAGGCAAGGUGCACAUCGAUGGGCAGACGGCUGAAACUGAGAUUGAAAUACUUUCAAACAUUCUUACGCAGCUUGAAGACGGUAAACAAGUAAGACAACUCAAACUUAACGAAGACGAACUUUUCGUAAUUAAAGAACUCAAUCUCUUGACGGCAAAACCUUGUAUAUAUGCUGCCAACCUACCAGAAGGUGAUCUUCCAACAAAUGGGGCUACUAACGUCCAUUUCCAGGCCUUAUCCAAGCUUGCGACCGACUCAGAAGCUGGACUUUGCGCUGUUUCGGCACAGGUUGCCGCAGAGUUGAAAGAUUUAACGCAAGAAGAGCGCGAUGACUUUCUUUCUUGCAUCGGAGUGGAGAGUGAUGGCACAAAAGAACUAAUUGAAGUCGCGUAUAGGCAACUCAACUUGCUGACAUAUUUUACAACAGGCGAAAAAGAAACGCGCGCGUGGACGAUAAAGAGAGGCUUUACGGCUCCACAAGCAGCAGCUGUAAUACAUACAGAUUUCGAAAAAGGGUUCAUAAAGGCUGAGACGGUUCAUUAUGAUGACUUUGUGACAAGUGGAGGAUUUGCAGGGGCCAAAGAAAAGGGAGUUUGGCAACUGGAAGGCAAAGACUACGUUGUUCAGGAAGGUGAUGUGAUAGUUUUCAAGGUCAACGCAUAG